CGCUUCGUUCUGAGGAAACGAGAACGGGCUGGGGGCCUUAGCGGGCACACGCCGCGCUCCGCAGCGCGGGGGAAGCGGGGGGGAAAUUAUGAUAGCCUACAGACCAGUCCUAACAGAAGGAAGAAAACUAUAGUUGCUCACAGAUGCUUCUCAUCAGAAUGAAACUCCUACAGCUACUGGCUCGGAAAUCUGAGAAACUGGAAAUGCUUUUUCAGCCACAAUUUUACCAAAAGCAGUUCCCAUAUAUGUGUCUGGCUACCUCUGCUCAUCUUUAUAGCAAGAAGAAAAAAGCAAACAGUUAUGAACAAGUUGACCAGGAAAAAUACAAAAGCUUGGUAUGCUCUGUUACAUCUUACAAAGCCAGUGCUCAAACACCAGAGACAAUAUUUGAAGAAGACAAUUUAUUAUAUGGACAACCGCUUAAACGUAAAUCUUCAAAUAAAGUUGAAACAAAAACUCCUAAGAAUUGGGUUUCUCUAAUAAAUCCCAAAAAGACAAUUUCGCUUGUGAGCAGCAAUUCAAACCGCCCCAUGAAAAUUGCUUUACAAAAAAACAAAAUACCCAGUGUUACCCGUAUUCUUCAACAGACCAUCUCUCCACAGCAGGCCUUUUAUCUAGAAAGAUGGAAGCAAAAAAUGAUACUGGAACUUGGGAAAGAUGGUUUUGAAGAGUAUACUAAAAAUCUUUUCCUCCAGGGAGAGCUUUUUCAUGCAGCUUUGGAAUCUAUAUUUCUGCCUGAAGAGAUGGCUGUUAAGGAGCAAGGAGAAGACUCUGCUGUUUCUGGCUACCUAUCAAGCGUGCAACAUGUCCUAAAAGAUAUCAGUGAAGUUAAAGCUCUGGAAAGUGCAGUUCAGCAUGAAACUCUUCAGUAUCUGGGCCUGGUAGACUGCGUGGCUAAGUAUCGAGGACAGUUAUGUGUGAUUGACUGGAAGACAUCAGAGAAACCAAAGCCAUUUCUGCAGAAUACUUUUGACAACCCACUGCAAGUUGCAGCAUAUAUUGGAGCCAUAAAUCAUGAUGCCAAUUAUGACUUCCAGGUUCAUUGUGGACUCAUUGUGGUUGCCUAUAAGGACGGCUGCCCCGCACAUCCACAUUUCAUGGAUCCAGAUCUUUGCUCACAGUACUGGAAUAAGUGGCUUUUGCGUCUUGAAGAAUACAUGGACAGAAACUGACCCAAACUAAGCUAUGCAGAGGCAAGUGAUCUGAGCACAGAGCCGAAGCACAAAUCUUUUGUUUAAGUCUUUAUUUAGUAAUUCUGUUCUUAGUAACUCGAGUUAGCAUCAAUCAUUUUUUCCCCUUAAAAAAAAAAAGAAAGAAAGAAGAAAAAUCAGAAUGGGAAAUGCACACUUGUCUAAGUUGUAGGAGACUUCAGUGGACGUGGCAAGACAGAGCAGAACCUGCAUCAUCCCUAUAUCUUUCCCUCCCUGUCUAUACAAUUUGAAGUUGGUAGGAAGGUUUAUACAUCAGUUAGCUAGAUGAAGUAAAACUGUUCAAUCGUCCUCCUUUUGUUUUCAAGAAAAAGCUGAGACUCUGAGAAUGAAAAAUAAAUGAAUAUUGUUGACUGGGUUUCAGUCAAGGUAGAUCUUGCCCAUUUCAAAGAUAUCUAUUAACAGGCCUGUUACUGUUUGUGUUUUUUCUUACAGCAACAAAUGCAAAACUUGCACUAUGAACUACAACCAAAGCUCACAUAAGUACUUAUUUUAAAUAUUACAAAAAAAGUUGCUUGUUUAACAGAAGUGGCUUAGGAGCAGAGGAGCAGAAUUGUAACUGAUACACAUAGAAAUUUCUAGCAUGUGUUUUAAAAGACAGGAAGUUUUAUUACUUCUGGUAGCUCCUGCAGGUUCCAAAACAGGCUGUGUAAAAAGCCCAUGGGCUAAGGAAGAGAAAUGUGAAAAUGUAAAUGGGCUGCGUGCCUUUGGUGGUGGGCUGAUAAUGGACACUGCGCAGGGCAAGUCUGCAACUAUUUUCAGCUUUCCUGACUUUCUUGUGAGUCUGAGCAGACGAGGAGCCUACCCAUGCAGAACUAUUUCUAGUGACAGGUUUAAGCAUUUUCCAGUGCAAGUGGAUUUCUUUGCAGUCACAGAUUUCUGUGACUUUGAAGCUGGGCAUUCUGAAAAGCACUUUUUUUUUUUUUUUUGAGAUUGCCUUUGUUUUGUUGUUUAAAAUAACGUGAGGAAUAAAUGUUCUAAAACAGAGGAGUUAAUUUGAAGCUUGUUUCAUACAGUCAAGUUUACAGACAUAGAAUAAGUCAUGAUGUCAGGUGACAACACUUUGUGUGUUACAUCUGGAAAAACUUUUCCUCAUUCUCUUUAUUUUCUCUGAUUUACAUGCACGAGUUUUCAUAAUAUCGCUGCAGAUUACAUAUAGAAAUACAACUGACUUACAGGCUUCAAGAAAAUCAGCCAGAACCAUACCUAAAAAAAUAAUGAGCAAGCUUGCCGCAGAAGGAAUGUAAGCCUGUGUUGUGUUUGAUACUCGACUCUUGUAGAGUACUGAACUGUGAACACUUGCGCAAUAAAGCUUUGCUGGUUGUGCCGGUCCGUGCUUAUUCAAACCACGAUGUGGUGACGGCAUGAUUACUCUGAGCUUAAUUAGAUUUCUAAGGAGACAAACAUGGAGACUGAGAAACUGGGUUCAUAGAUGACUAAUUGUAACGAAGCAGUGUGAAUACUCAGUUCUACCUGUUUGGCAAGUACAUCUCCACAUCACAGGAUUUGAGCAAGUGGGUAGGUCAGUGCCAUUGGAGAUGGUCAGUUAGACAGCUCUGUGGAUGCAAAGAAGGGCAGCAUAAGUGAGAGAGACGAUGCUUCGGGCUGAAGUAGGCAGUGAUAAAAUGUUCUGAACUCUGUGUUGAUUAGGAUUGGAUAAAUAAAAUUGAGCAACGUUGGGAUGGGAUUGCCUCCUGCAUCAGUGCAUCAGACAGCCAUUAGAUGUCCCUUAGCUUUGUAAGUUUUCAUCCUCACCCUGCUUCCUACUGAAUGAGGCCUAGUUGAGCCUGGGCAGCAUAGGCAUCUGUUGGCUUCAUCUGUGUUCAUUUGUUUAUUACAAAAGCCUUUGAGGAAGGUUGCCAACUUCAUUAGCAGUGCCAGUUUGUAAACCUAUUUUUAAGUCUUGGAUUAAUUUGUAACAUCAGAGAGUCAGGGGAAGGUAGACAGUAUCAGUGGAAGUUACUCAUGUCUAGCACUUCUGAAAGCCUGGCUGCCUCAGGCAUCCCUAUAGGAGUUCUCAAACUACUAAAGAGGUAAAGGUGUUGCCAGUUUUGUCCCAUAACAAGCUAUUGCCAGUCCCAUGCAAACUCAGACCCACUUUGUCACCAGUUUAGCAUUGCUUCUCAGACUGUUAAAUUGACAUGCCCAAGGCGUCUGCUACAGGGAGUAUCUGUCCUCUGUAGAAAAACCUGUCAGACAGUUCAGGGCAGUUACUGCAACUGUAGUGUCAAGUUUGUUGGAACUUUGCUAUCCAUCCAGGGCAGUUUUGCUUCUGUGUACUGAUACACACUACAUUAUUCUUUUGCUGUGAAUGCUUUCUUUGUCUAAAAUCACAUAGAUGACCCAC